GUCUUGUUGGACACGCGCUCCAUUCAUCCCCCGCGUCUGUAUUGACCGGUCACCGUUUCGCGGUGGUCUCUGUCUCCAGGCACCAUGUCAGACUCGACUCCCCCGCCUCCCUCGGCUGAGGCUGGGAGAACCGAGGCGUGUUUCCCCCUUGGAUACAAACCGUUUAAACCCGAGGAGCACGGCCUGGAGCGCGGGUUCCGUCUCACGUCGUUUUCGGACCUGAAGGGAUGAGGCUGCAAAGUCCCGCAGGAGGCUCUGCUCAAACUCCUGGCGGGACUGGAGCCGGACCGGGGCGACGCGACGGAGAAGGCCGGAGACCAAGCACCGGACUUCGGCCAACAGUUGUCCGGCCCUCGACUCGGUGUAGGCAUGGACUGCUGUGUUAUUCCCCUGAGACAUGGAGGACUCUCACUGGUCCAGACCACAGACUUCUUCUACCCACUGGUGGAGGAUCCUUACAUGAUGGGCAAGAUAGCGUGUGCCAACGUCCUCAGUGACCUCUACGCCAUGGGCAUCACAGAGUGUGACAACAUGCUGAUGCUGCUGAGCGUCAGCCAGAAGAUGAAUGAGAAGGACCGUGAGAAGGUGAUGCCACUGGUGAUUCAAGGGUUCCGUGAUGCAGCAGAGGAGGGCGGGACGUCUGUGACAGGGGGACAGACGGUGAUCAACCCCUGGAUCAUAGUAGGGGGAGUAGCAUCAGUCGUCUGCAAGCCUGACGACUUCAUCAUGCCAGACGGUGCCGUGCCAGGUGACGUCUUGGUCCUCACUAAACCUCUGGGUACACAGGUGGCUGUGAACGCUCACCAGUGGCUCGAGCAGCCUGAAAGGUGGAACAAGAUCAAGCUAGUUGUCACCAAAGAGGACGUAAAGGAGGCCUAUCAGGAAGCCAUGUUCUCCAUGGCAUCACUAAACCGCACAGCGGCAGGUCUAAUGCACAAGUUCCAGGCCCACGCCGCAACAGACGUGACGGGUUUCGGGUUGUUGGGACACGCCAACAACCUGGCACAGCAGCAACAGAGCGAGGUCUCCUUUGUCAUCCACAACCUACCAAUCAUCGCCAAGAUGGCUGCUGUCAGUAAAGCCUGCGGGAACCUGUUCAACCUGAUCCAGGGAACCUCAGCAGAAACGUCAGGUGGACUGCUGGUAUGUCUGCCUAGAGAGCAGGCGGCCAAGUUCUGCUCGGAGAUGAAGAGCCACAGCUCUGGACCUGGGGGCCCCGGAGUGGCGGGCGGUGCGUGGAUAAUUGGAAUCGUGGAGAAAGGCGACCGACGCGCUCGCAUCAUCGAUAAGCCGCGCAUUAUCGAGGUGCCGCCACGAGGGAGCCAGGCGGCAAAUCAGGACAACAGCUCCAGCAGCCCGGCUGUUCCCAGCCCCAAUCUGUCAUAGACACUGCUUGUGUGUGUGUGUGUGUGUGUGUGUGUGUGUGUGUGUGUGUGUGUGUGUGUGUGUGUGUGUGUGUGUGUGUGUGUGUGUGUGUGUGUGUGUGUGUGUGUGUGUGUGUGUGCGUGUGCGUGCGCGAUGAUCUUGCUGUCCAUCUCGUCCCCCUCUUCAGUCAAACUGCUGAAAACACACCGAUCGCUGUCUUGUUCUUCAGUGGGAGAAGAAAUGGACGACAGACUCUGGAGCUACGGGAGUGGGAGAAAGAACUUUUAACUAAUUUCAGAUCUCAAUCAGGGUGUUAUGCGGUUUUUUUUCUAACUUCCCCUUUCUCCUUUCAAUCACAUGUGAUUCACUGAUUUCAAAUAAUUUAUGAUUGCAAAAAAAGAAAGGAAAUAAGAUUCUGGAUCUUGCUAAAUUCAGCGUGUGAGUGUGUGUGUGUGUGUGUGUGUUGGUUAUCAUGAUGUGACGGGGCUCGCUGUACUGUGUGAAAGUGGAGCAGAAGUUUUCUUGACUUUUUUUGGAGAAGUGGAUGAUGUGAAUGUGUCUGAUGUUGGUGAAUGUAUCAUGUGGAAAACAAACAAACAAACAAACAACAAACAAACAAACAUCGUUGGUCUUCGGUACCCGGCUCUGCCCCGUGCAGCUCCGAGGAAGGCUUGAGCAGCUUCCGUUGGAGCCACUGGGCGGCGCUCGGAGUGUCCGAAUGUCUGUGUCAGCUGAUUGGCCGUGAACCACAAGUCCCUCCGCCCCUUUUUCCUUAUUUAUGAAGCUCCGCCUUUUAAACCCCGGCCAGUGGGGAGAGGUGGAGCGGAUGUUCUGUGUCUGGAUCGGGGUCCGGGACAUGUUGGCGGUUUGAAGCUGCAUUUGUAUAUUUUUCCCUUUUCACAAUAAAUAAAAACCAUCAUCAACUCAGA